AUGGCCGCUAGCGGGACCAAUGAUGCCAAUGACCAAGUCAUUGUGCUUGUGACGGGUGCCAACAGUGGACUCGGAUACUCAAUAUGCUGCCGACUAGCGGAUGAAUUCUUGACCUCUCGUCACAACGAUAAGCGGUCAUUAACCGUGAUCUUCACCACACGGAGCACGAAAAAGGGCAACGACACCCUUCAAGGUCUACAAGACCACCUCCGCACCUCCGCUCGCGAUUCCGCCGCUACUGCUCGAGUCACCUUCCUCCCCGAGAAUGUCGACCUCUGCAACCUUCUCUCCGUCCGCGCAUUGUCACGCCGAUUGAACAAAACGUUUCCAAAGCUCGACUCGAUCGUGCUAAAUGCUGGCAUUGGCGGAUGGACGGGCCUAAACUGGCCCGAGGCGAUCUUUGGCGUGCUCACCGACCUUGUCCAUCAGGUCACAUACCCUACCUACAAGCUCGCGCCCGCUGGUAUGAUAGUUGAUAAUCAGACGAAAACCCUCACGGACAAAGAACCCCGUCUCGGAACUGUGUUCUGCGCAAACGUCUUUGGUCACUACAUGCUCGCGCACAAUGUCAUGCCUCUCCUCCAUCGCUCCGGCUCCCCCAAUGGGCCCGGCCGCGUCAUCUGGGUCUCGAGUCUUGAGGCAUGCUCGAAACAUCUCAAGAUUGACGAUAUCCAAGCUCUUCGAACUCUCGCACCCUACGAGGCUUCAAAAGCCCUAACCGACAUUCUAUCCCUUACCUCUCAGCUCCCCAGCACCGCUCACUGGGUGAAGAGCUUCUACUCUAUCAACUCCGUCAACGACGGCGACAACAACAACAGCAGCAGCAGCGCAGAGACCCCCUCCACCGCACCAAACACCUACCUCUCCCACCCCGGAAUCUGCAGCACGGGGAUCAUCCCCCUUCACCCGAUCCUCUUUUACUGCAUGCUCGCCACAUUCUGGCUCGCCCGCCUCCUCGGCUCCCCCUGGCACACUCUUUCCACCUACCUCGGCGCCUGCGCCCCCGUCUGGCUCGCCCUCUCCCCGCAGUCCGAACUCGACGCCGCCGAGGCACCAUACAUCGCGCACGGCGGCGGUAGAGUGAAAUGGGGCUCCUCGGCUACAUUGUUCGGCGUAGAUAAGCCGGCUUCCUCGGAGGUCGAGGGUUGGGGCCACGGCGGCGUGGUCGGUCCCGCUGUCGUCGAGGAGGACCGGCUUCGUCGGCGCAAGCGCGGUGCUAGGGAUGCCACGGCUGAGGAGAGGGAAUUGUUUGAAUACCUCGGGAGGAAGUGCUGGCAGCAGAUGGAGGAGCUGAGGCAGCAAUGGGAUGAGAUUCUCGAUAAGGAGGAGGCUCAGGCUGCAAAUGGAGAAUAG